UUGCCUCCUCUCAUGUCGUGCACUUUGGGUCGCUCGUUGCUGCUAGCUGCUGGAUCUUAGUGGUUCUGUGUUCCGGAGCUGGGUAGGAGGCCAGUGCCCGUGCCUGCUUAGAUCGACCCGGGAAUUUGCGGCCGUAGGGGUGGCUUCGGAUGCGAUGAGCCAAAGCUUGAUGCUUUGGUAUUGGGGAUGCUGACUUUACUGCUUCAUCUCUUCCAGUUCAGUGAUGUAUCUUCUGUGCUGCUCUUGAUAAUACGUAGAUAGUCUAUUAAUCUUGACUGGUAGAUGCACAGCACUGUGCCAUUUUCUGGUGCAGUUGAGAUCUUCCACAGGUGGCAGAAGGGUAGAAUGCCUCCCAGUAGGAGUCUAGCUUAAUGCUGGAGAUGGAAUUUUUUGCUAUGCUAGCGCGAUUACAUAGUAGUCUGGACAGCCAGACAGCACAUGCUGUCAUUAAGUAAGCGUGGAACAAGUUGGAUCUAUGUUCUUCUAUUUCUGACUUGGUGAUACGGAGUAAAGGUACAUGCUAGCGCUUCCUCGCGAAGUAGGGUUGUUGAUUGCUGCAUGGGAUGUGGUCACUAGCCGACAAACUUUUGACAAUAUGAAGUGACUAUUGAAUUAUGCUGAAAGCGGGAAUUACGUGAUGCACACGCUUUGUACACGUCAGCCAACAAUACCAUUUUGGGAUGCAUGUUGCUGCUUCGCUAAUGAUGUGUUGAGGCGUGCAUUUGUCUUAACUUAUGGAAUAUUCAGUUGACAUCAUCUCAGCAAUAGAGUUCAAUAAAUCAGGACACCAUCUUGCCACCGGGGACAGAGGUGGACGAGUUGUUUUGUUUGAAAGGACAGAUGUCAAAGAUCACACCUGUAGAAAAGAGGCUGAGAUAUCUGAUUAUUCUAUCAGCAGGCAUCCUGAAUUUCGCUACAAAACUGAGUUUCAAAGCCAUGAACCAGAGUUUGAUUACCUUAAGAGCUUGGAAAUUGAAGAGAAGAUUAACAAAAUAAAGUGGUGCCAAGCAGCAAAUGGCGCAUUGUUUCUUCUGUCCACAAAUGACAAAACAAUAAAGUUUUGGAAGGUGCAAGAAAAGAAAGUAAAAAAAGUAUCUGAGAUGAAUUUGGACCGUUCAACUGCUCCUGCAAAUGGUAAUCCUUGUGGUGUGGGCUGUCCGAGUGCAUCUCUCUCAAAUGGCAAUGUUUCAAAAUCUGGUGGACUUACUUUGCUUCGCCUGCCUGUGGUAGUUACAAGCCAAGAAACAAGUCUUGUCGCGAGUUGCCGAAGAGUAUAUGCUCAUGCACAUGACUACCAUAUUAACUCCAUCUCAAAUAACAGUGACGGUGAGACGUUUAUAUCAGCAGAUGAUCUGCGGAUAAAUCUUUGGAAUUUGGAAAUUAGCAAUCAAAGUUUCAAUAUUAUUGAUGUUAAGCCUACGAACAUGGAGGAUCUCACUGAGGUGAUAACAUCUGCUGAAUUCCACCCUACUCAUUGCAAUACAUUGGCUUAUAGUAGCUCAAAGGGCUCCAUUCGACUUGUUGAUCUGCGACAAUCUGCCCUUUGCGAUACUCAUUCCCAAAUCUUUGAGCAGCAUGAGGCCCCAGGUUCAAGAUCAUUUUUCACUGAGAUUAUAGCCUCAAUUUCAGACAUAAAGUUUUCCAAGGAUGGGCGACAUAUUCUCAGUCGCGACUACAUGACUCUGAAGCUUUGGGAUGUUAAGAUGAAUUCUGGUCCAGUUGCGACAUUCCAGGUUCAUGAGUAUCUAAGGCCUAAGUUAUGUGAUUUAUAUGAAAAUGACUCAAUUUUUGACAAAUUUGAGUGCUGUCAAGGUGGAGAUGGAUUACGAGUAGCAACUGGUUCUUACAGCAACAUUUUCCGUGUGUUUGGUUGUGGUACUGGUAGCAAUGAGGCAACAACACUCGAAGCAACUCGAAACCCUACAAGGAGGCAGCUCCAGAAUCCCACAAGGGCUGCCAGAUCUUUAAGUACUCUGACAAGGGCUGUUAGACGAGAAAGCACUGGAAUAGAUGCCAAUGGAAAUUCCCAUGAUCUGAGCACAAAAUUGCUCCAUUUGGCUUGGCACCCAACUGAAAAUUUAAUCGCCUGUGCUGCAGCCAACAGCUUGUACAUGUACUAUGCAUAAACAAGCAAAAUGAACAGAGUUUUUUUUUGGUGGUUGCUCCCGGUGUGAAGAAGCGUUUUGCCCCUGGUGCAUUGAAAAGCCGGGAGUUGCUGGAGAUGGUGUAUUUUGUGGCAGUUAGAUCCAAGUUCUUUGGGUGCCAUAGAGCUGUCCAGAGUCCAAGAGGAAGUGACUCGAUCAUUCCCGGGAAGCAGCUUAAUUCUGAUUAAUUUUUUGAGGGGAAGGCUUGUCUUUCCCCCAUAGGUUCAUUUAGAUUUAAAGAUAAGAUUCUAGUUCAACGACAUUUCGGCAACUGUAGAAGAUGUUAAGGGGAUAUCUUCCGUUGUAUUCAUGUUGGGAUCAUGGGCGUGUAACUUAAGGGCGGGGGUUGAGGCUUUCGAUAAUUUUAUCUUACAAAGUGACAUUUCUAUUA